GACAAGCUGAAUUAUAGGUUUCCGUAGAUAUAUCUACAUAUCUACCUCGUACUUGGAAUCUUGAAGUCACAUCGUGGAUUUAUUUCCACGCCAUCAAGGAUAGACAUUCGGGUACAAUAUACUUAUACGUAACAUGGUUUCAGAUGACUAAAACGGUUGAGGCAAGUCCCAGACCCGCAAUUAUCCUAGUCGUCCCACCUGAUACAUCAUUCACAUGGGAUCGCACCUGAACUUCAGACCGGUGACCGGCCUCCUUCCCGUUUGCUGAAGCUUCAACAGACCGCUAAACGCCAUCUAUCAAAUAGUAUUAGGGUUUAAUAAAGGGCUUCUUUCAUUCUUAAACCGCGCAUUUAAACUCUCAACUCUACUGUCCUUCCCAUAAUCACGGGCUUUACCUAACCCUUGCAGCUAUCCGUUCGGUACUACAUCCACUGCCGCAAUGAGGUUCCUCAGCAGCCUAUCGUUUAUCUCUUUAGCUGCCUGUUCCCAUGUGGCUGAACCAGCUUCAGAUCAGCAAUAUGUAUUCAACAACCCUCCGGCUUCGGAAUCUAGCUACAAGAUUCCUACCUCUUAUGAAUCCGCAGUGCUCGGUCGCCGCAUCUUAGCCCUUACUCCACUUGGAACUCUUUCUACCGUCUUCCCGGACUCCUCCGGACCCCGCCAACCAGAUGGCCUCGGAGGUAUGCCUCUCGGGUUGAUGGAGUACGUAGCCGAUUGUGAGGAGGACGGAAACCCAUCCUUCCUAGCCAUCAAGAUCGGCACAAGUUUCAAGAACGUCGAUGCAGGCUCGAAUAUCAGCCUGGCUCAAGAGUGGACGCCCCCGUACCCACCCGACAAGCGCAUUAAGUCAACCUGGUCCAAUUGGUUCUUCGGAAGCGAUGAUGAUUCCAAAGACCGAGUUCCCUACAGCGCGGUUAACCUUCCUCGAUACAGCCUGCUGGGCUAUAUCGAGAAAGUCGACGAGGCAUCUGUCAAGGCUAUGACAUCGUGCUAUGUAGAUACUCACCCCGACUCGAAGUACUGGCUGCCCGGAAAUCCAAUCCACGCAUCCGAAUUUGUGAGACUUGUUGUUACCCAGGUCUACUGGAUCGGCGGCUUUGGCGACAGAGCCUACAUCGGCUGGAUUCCCGUCGACGAAUGGAAGAACGUCACCAGGAAGGAAUGGGAGGCCGUGAGACUGCCCGGUGAGAAGAAAGGUUGGAAUGAGUGGAGCUUAGAUCUCUAAGCAUUGGAUGGAAUUAGCGUAGCGGGUAUUAGCUGAGGCCUACUACUUCGGAGGUCGUACUUUGAGAAAUUGUUAGGAAAUAUUGUAUGUUGGAUGUUUAACGAUAUCUACGUAUCACAUGUUUGUACAUUCAUCUCCGUUCUUUAGCUUGUGAUAGCGGCUGACUACAUAACAUUGAGAGUUACAUGAGUUAUGUAUCUGUAGCAUAAAGAAACUAGCUUUAAUGAAUUUAUUUCAUUUAUAUGGUAA